GAAGAAGAAGACGACUCUGAAGAGGAAAUGGAUACCACUCCAGCUCCAGCAGCUAAGGCAAAGAAAGCAGGCAUGGUCAAAGCUAAAGAAGAGUCAGAGGAGGAGGAGGAGGAAGAUGAUGACGACGAGGAUGAUGAUGAGGAGGAGGAGGAAGAAGAGGAACCUGCAGCAAAACCUGCAAAAAGGAAGGCAGAGAGCAAAAAGGGGACUCCCCCUGCCAAAAAAGCAAAGUCAGAUGGUGAAGGAUUCACUCUGUAUGUUGGAAACUUGAACAGCAACAAAGACUUUGAUGACAUCAAAGCUGCACUGGAUAAAUUCUUCACAAAAAACGACCUUGAGGUUGUUGAAGUUCGUCUUGGAGGAUCAAGGAAAUUUGGCUAUGUGGAGUUUGCAUCUGAGGAAGACCUAAAUAAAGCCCUGGAGCUCAAUGGAAAGAAAGUCUUGGGUCAAGAGAUCAAGCUGGARAGGGCCCACAGCAAAGAGAACGCACAAGAGAGCAGAAAAGAGAGGGAUACCCGGACGCUGUUUGUGAAAAAUCUUUCUUUCUCUGCAACMGCUGAUGACCUGAAGGAGGUGUUUGAAAAUGCAGUUGAUAUCAGGUUACCUCCAGGACAAAAUGGUUCAAACAGAGGCAUUGCCUACAUUGAGUUCAAAACUGAGGCAGAUGCAGAGAAGAUGUUUGAGGAAGCCCAGGGUGCUACCGUGCAGGGGAGGUCAAUUAUUGUUGACUAUGUUGGAGAUAAAAGUCAAAAAGGAGCCCGAAUAAGUGCUGCCGGAGGAGCCGCCAGCAAGACAUUGGUAGUAAAUAAUCUCUCCUUCAGUGCCACGGAAGAAGUUCUGCAAUCCACCUUCGAAAAGGCUGUCUCCAUAAGGAUUCCACAGAGGGACGGCAGACCAAAGGGCUUUGCCUUUGUGGAGUUCGAGAGCACUGAUGAUGCCAAGGAUGCUCUAGAAAACCUGAACAACACAGAAAUUGAAGGACGUACAAUUCGGCUAGAGUUCAGCCAGGGUGGCGGUGGAAGAGAUGGUGGCAGAGGAAGCUCAGGUCCAACAAAGACUCUCUUCGUUAAGGGUCUUUCUGAGGACACAACAGAUCAAACCCUUAGAGAUUCGUUUGACGGUGCUGUAGGAGCCAGGAUAGUUACAGACAGAGACACAGGCUCAUCAAAAGGCUUUGGCUUUGUGGACUUCGACAACGAGGACGACUGCAAGGCAGCUAAGGAGGCAAUGGAGGACGGUGAAAUUGACGGCAGCAAAGUAACCCUGGACUACGCCAAGCCCAAGGGCGAAGGUGGCUUCCGUGGAGGCAGAGGAGGCUCUUUUGGUGGUGGAGGCCGRGGCGGUUUCAGAGGAGGCCGUGGAGGCUUUGGUGGUCGAGGUGGAGGUAGAGGUGGUGGAAGGGGUGGACGAGGAGGAGGAAGAGGUGGUUUUGGAGGUGGACGAGGUGGUGGAGGAUUUGGAGCAAAGCCCCAGGGAAAGAAAAUCAAAUUUGAUGACUAAAUCCUUGGUGUUAUUUUUUUAUGUUAUCAGUGGACUCUGGUUUCAUCUUUUUCAGAGCUUUUGGACAUUCCAGAAAGCCUCAUUGGUAUAUUUAUCUGUAAAAGGGCAUUUUUAAGCCCUCUAGUUAGACCCUUCAUACCACRUUUACCUUCGUGUGCCAGAAUGGUACUUCUGACAUUUUCAACUUUUAAUGCUACAUGUGAAAACUGAAUGUCCCAAAUGCAAACCUGCACCUCGUGGCCCCCCAUGGGGUCUUCUGUUUUUCACAAGGAGUAAAAUGGAAUGGGUCUGGUGAGCAAGUUUGCUGUGAUAAGAGAGUUUUGUCAGACACGUUAUGUAAAUUUGAACUGUAUGAUUUCAUUUUACCUUUUGUAAAAAAAAAAAAACAAUUACAARCUGUAUCCAUCUGUUUUUAUUUUGUCAUUUAGUUCUCUUUAAAUGUUUAGUUUUACUGUGCAAAAUCAUUUCGAUAGUCAUCCUUUAAAACCUGUGUUGGUUGUUUGUCACGGUUUGAUGGGAAAACCUCUUAACAUAAAAUGUUUGGAGUGUAUUGACUAAUUUUUUUUCUCAAUAUUUUCAAGAUGAAAUAAACCUCAUAAGGGGUCAUUUUUAAUUUGGA